GGACAAUUUGCACAUGAUCUAAUAUGGACACCUACUGUUUAUGUUUCUAAUGAACCCAGUUCAGCAAUAACAGGAAAUAGUGUAAAAGAUAUACUUGUUUCAAUAGAUCCAUCAGGCAUGGUUAGAUUGAAUACUAGGUUGCAAGCUACUCUUAACUGUGGGCUUCGCUUGGAGAAAUUUCCAUUUGAUGUACAAGAAUGUUCACUUGUUUUUGAGAGCUGUAGGAUGUCAUAGUUAUUGGACACACAAUGUGCUUGAUAUGGUGUUGUAUUGGGACCAAGAGCCAAUUAUACUUGCAGAUGAAUUACAUUUAACUGAAUAUAAGCUUGUUGAAAAAUGGGUUAACGCAUCAGAAGUAUUUUAUACUAUAUCACAACAACAUUAUGGUCAUUUUGCUGGUAAUUUCAGUUCAAUUAGCAUAACAUUUAAAUUAGCACGUGAGAUGGGAUUUUUUAUGAUGGAUUAUUAUAUACCAUCUAUAUUAAUAGUAGUUAUUUCUUGGGUAUCCUUUUGGUUGCAUAUGGAUGCAAGUCCACCGCGAAUAGUUUUAGGAACAAAUACUAUUUUAACAUUUAUGACUCUUGCAUCAAAAGUAGAAAAUUCUCUACCAAAAGUUUCUUAUAUAAAAGCUAGUGAAAUAUGGUUUUUAGGUUGUACUAUAUUCUUAUUUGCAGCAAUGGUUGAAUUUGCUUUUGUUAAUACAAUUUAUCGACGGAAAAAAACUGUUCCCUUGAAGAAAGUAAAUAGUAAAUAUAUAUUAAAAUCAACAUUAACGCCAAAACUGGCUCGAAAACAAUUUCAAAAAAACACUACUGGGCUAGAACGAUCACGAUCUUGGUCAUCACUUGAUAAUACAAAUAUAAAUGAUCAAGAUUAUUCAAGUCAAAAUUAUCUUACUGUACAUAGUUUUCCAAGUACUCUCAACAUUCCUUCUGUUAAAAUUGAUGAAGAUAAAGAUCAAAAGUGCUCUAUUGAAAGCAUUACAAGUGUUAAUAGUACAUCAUCACCAAAACCCUUUUCACGAAGAGCAACUCUUGCACAAUUACAUAAUUUUACAACAAUGACACCACAAGAAAUUGCUCAGUGGAUUGAUAGACGUAGUAGAAUUGUAUUUCCUGUAGCUUUCAUCAUAUUUAAUAUUCUUUAUUGGUCUUUUAUUUGGAUAUAAAAAUUUCAUAAUUAAAUUAAUAUAUAAAAUAUAUAUAUUUUAAAUUUUUAGAAAAAUAAAAAUAAUCAUAAAAGUUUUAUAUUCAUAUAUUAUAUAUUAAAUUAAAUUUCAGUAUAAUUUUAAAUAUUGUUAUCAAAAUCAUUAAAUUGAAAAUUUAUUUUUUAAAGAUGUUUGUUUAUUUA